CACAUAGACCAACCCUCUCAGCAACCCCCUCCCUCCCCUCCGCCUCUGUCUCAAAACCCAUCCCCUCUUCUAAAAACAAAAGGACCCAAAGGAAAACCACCGUCCCCCUCGGUUUUCCCUCUCUCUAUCUCUCUCUUAAAAUCUCAUCUUCUCUUCCAAAACAAAGAAAGUCCCAAGGAAAAAACCACCUUCCCACUUGGUAUUCCCUGCCUGUCGUUUUGUUUUCUUUCUGGAGCCGAAACCACUGUUGUAUCUGUCUUAUAUCCCUCGCAAUCUCUCGGCCUCACUCGAUCUCGAUCCCGAAGCAAGACCGCAUCUUGUGGCCGCUCUGCGGCCCCCUCCCCUUCGGCCCUUUCGUCGUCGUUUCCUUCCGCCAAAUCCACAGCCUUGGGAUAGAUACGGCCGAAGCCCGUAUCCCCUCCCCUGUCUACCAUUCUCUCUCGGUCGCCAGAUGGUGAGAACCGGAUAAAUGAGGCCUCUGUAGCCGUCAUUCACGCUCUCCCUCUGUACCAUUUUUCCGCGAAAUCUCGACUUUUCGAUCGGAAUAGGUGGAAAGAUCUCUGGAUUGAGGGAAAGGCGGGAUCUUGGAAUGAGAAGGACCAAAAAGAUCGGAUUUUGGUGCGCCUUUCUUUCUAUUAUCUGUUACUGCUAAGGUAUGGGAAAGAAAGCAUUUUCCUUUUUCUUUUGCUGUUGGUCUUAGUUUGGCCCUGUUCUUGUUUGAUCGAUGUCCUUUUUUUGAGCUCAUUUUUUCCGAUUUUCUUCUUUUUCUAGUGCUUGAGGUUAAAUGAUGGAUAGAGACGGCAAUACUCGCGCAUUAUGUGAUGAGAUCGUGGGGCUUGUUUGUGGGAUGUAGUGGUAUCUUUCUUGCUAAGAUGCUUGAGAAGAACAUAGUCUAGGGUUUGGUUUUCGGAAUAGUUACAUGCUCUCUCUUUUAUCGAGGUUAUUCACAUAAAACAGUUUGGAAACGGCCUUAGGAAUGGCAAUUCUUUUAUGAUUUCUUACAAUAUUGUCCUAUGUGAACCGAUUCAGUCCAAUCAGAAGAUUGGGUUAUUGUUUUGUUCUUCGUUGAAUGGUAUUGUUAUCCUUAUGGAGGGUGAGACAUCAUGGGAGUCUCUUUCUAUUAGCCACUUUGGAAAUGAGGUUGCUGACAUUGAACCAGUUUCUGAGGGCUGUGAUGAAGGUGAAGAAUUAACAGUUUCCUUAGAUAGCAUUCUUCCAGAUGAUAUCUUAGAAAGAAUCCUGUCCUUUUUGCCGAUUGCAAGCAUCAUCAGGGCUGCAUCUGUAUGCAAAAGAUGGUAUGAUAUCAUCCACUCAAAGAGGUUUCUAUGGGCCAACAAGUUGCCUCAGAAGCCAUGGUACUACAUGUUUACCCAUAGUGAGUCUCCGGCUGGUUAUGCUUAUGACCCAAUACUUCGGAAGUGGUAUGGCUUCGAUCUUCCUUGCAUCGAGAAAAGUAACUGGUUUGUCUCUUCGUCAUGCGGAUUAGUUUGCUCCAUGGACAAUGACAGUAGGAGCCGCAUUUUUGUUUUCAACCCAAUCACGAAAGACUGGAAGAUGCUAUUGGAACCUCCUGGUGCAAAAUUUCCAGAUUAUAGUACCCUUGCUAUAUCUGUGGACAGGAAGUCUCAUGAUUAUACUGUUGUCAUGGCAAAAUCGAAGCAGGUGCCUGGUGAUUUCCUUCAAUGGGACCUCUGCAUCCACAUAUAUGAGUCUGGGAGUAGAUCAUGGAUCACACCCAUCAAAGAAGUUUUGACAGGAUGGAGGGGAGGUGAUGAGAGUGUGAUUUGCGAUGGAGUUUUGUACUGUUUGAUUCACUCUACUGGUGUUUUAGGGACUGCUGACCUUCGCCAUGGUCUGAUCAUGUAUGAUCUUUCUGCCCAAUCUUCUCACACUUCUCUGAUGCGCACCUUUGUACCAGUUCCUUGCUCCCUCACCUGUGGCCGGCUGAUGAACCUCAAAGAGAGGCUGGUCAUGGUCGGUGGGAUAGCAAAAUAUGACAGGCCGGACAUCAUCAAGGGAAUAGGCAUCUGGGAGCUUCAUAAGAAUGUGUGGCAAGAGGUUGCCCGAAUGCCGCACAGAUUUUUCCAAGGAUUUGGUGAGUUUGAUGAUGUUUUUGCAAGCAGUGGCACUGAUGAUCUCAUAUAUAUACAAAGCUAUGGAGCUACUGCUUUGCUUGUUUUUGACAUGAGCCAGAAGCAGUGGAAAUGGUCGGUCAAGUGCCCUGUGACAAAAAGAUUUCCUCUUCAGCUUUUCACUGGUUUCUGCUUUGAACCAAGGCUUGAAGUGGCCUCCUGAAUUGUUUUCUUCAGUGUUGGAUUUGAUGGAAUCGCAGUGAUCUAUAAAUUGUUUUGUUGUUUUUGGAGUCAUUUUGAAAGUUUUUGUGGGCUUGAAGCUUAUAGAAAUUGUUUUUGUUAUAGAGGAAAUCAUUUCUGAAAAUGUUGCUGGUGAUCCUUGUUCUUUACUUUCAUAUCUCUGUGGACAGGAUACUCUGUGAUGUCUUCUGGCACAGUUGAUGUAUAGAAUGUCAAGAGGAGCGGACUCCCGUUUUACUGUGAUUAUAAUUUCUGCAUCAUUUGGGAAAAAGUUGUGUUUCUUUUGCUGUUUUGCUUAAUCUUCUAUGAUUUUAUUUCCCUUAUCAAUAUCAAUAUUCCACUCAUAUGUAUGUCUUAAAUAUCAUUUGUAUCCAUCUUUGGUUUCUUUUGCUAGUUUCAAAAAGGCUAUUUUCUUUC